CUCCUUUACCAUAACUUACAAACUCCGACCGGUUUCUCCUUCCCAUCUGUGUAUUUUCAUCUCAGUCAUUUCCAAAGGUUGCAAUGGAGUCCAAAAAGGGUGCCGGUGGCAGAAAGGCUGGUGGUCCUAAGAAGAAGCCGGUUUCCCGGUCCGUCAAAGCGGGUCUCCAGUUCCCUGUUGGCAGGCUCGGUCGUUACCUCAAAAAAGGCCGCUAUGCAAAGCGCGUAGGAACCGGUGCUCCGGUCUACCUUGCCGCCGUUCUCGAGUACCUUGCCGCUGAGGUUUUGGAGUUGGCGGGAAAUGCAGCAAGGGACAACAAGAAGAACAGGAUUAUUCCGAGACAUGUUUUGUUGGCAGUGAGGAAUGAUGAAGAGCUUGGAAAGCUUCUAGCGGGUGUGACGAUUGCUCACGGUGGUGUUCUUCCCAAUAUUAACCCGGUUCUUUUGCCUAAGAAGGCUGCUGCAAAGGAGGCUGCAAAAGUGACUAAAUCACCAAAGAAAGCCUAGUGUUUGUGGUUCAACUGUUCUAGAAUUUUGGGUUUUUGUGUAAUUAGGAAACACAAUUUGAUGGAUGGUUUAUUUUAGGUUGAUGUAAUGUAACGAAAUGAAAUGAAAUGGCAACUUUAUCAAAUCUAUUCUCAGUUAUCAAUUUGAA